GUUGUGGUUGUGGUUGCUGUGGCUGUGGCUGUGGCUCCCGGAGCAUGUCGAAGGCGGACUGGACGUUCCUGGGCCUGCUGCUGGAGCAGGGGCAGGAGAACUCCACCGGCGUGGGGCAGGUGUGGCUGACCGUGUUCUUCCUGUGCCGGGUGCUGGUGCUCAGCACCGCGGCCGAGUCCGUGUGGGAGGACGAGCAGUCCGACUUCGUCUGCAACACGCUGCAGCCGGGCUGCGGGGAGGUGUGCUACGACAAGGCCUUCCCCAUCUCGCACUUCCGCUUCUUCAUCCUGCAGGUCAUCGCCGUGGCAGCGCCCGCCAUCUUCUACCUGAGCUACGCCACCCUGCACGCCAGCAGAGAGAGGAAGAGGAUGGAGCGGCAGGAGGAGGAAGAGGAGGAGAGGAGGAAGAAGGGAGAGGCGGAGCGGGAGGAUAAAGAGAGGAGAGGCGAGAAGGGGAGGAAGCCUCGCCUGCAGGGCGGGCUGCUGCGCGUGUACCUGUGCGUCUCGGCGCUGAAGCUGGCCGUGGAGGCCGCCUUCAUCCUGGCGCUGUGGCGGCUGUACGGCUUCACCGUGCCGGCGCACUACGGCUGCCAGCGCUGGCCCUGCCCGCACACCGUCGACUGCUUCGUGUCGCGGCCCACGGAGAAGACCGUCUUCACCGUCUACAUGCAGCUCACGGCCGGCGCCUCGCUGCUCCUCAACCUGCUGGAGGUGUGCGUGCUGGUGCGUCGCUGCGUCGCCGCAGGCGACCGCGCCCCCCCCGCCCCCCCCGCGCCCCGCCCCUCGGAGAGGGCCCACCUCCACCUGCCGGCCGGAAAGGCUGCCCCCAGGUGGGAGGCUGGGAUUGGCGGCCAGUACGCUUUUAGGGCGGAGCCGGCCUUGUUUGCCCCGCCCCCUUCUAUGCCCCGCCUACCUCAUGGGGCGGGGCCCAGGUCUGCCCAGUGGCAAUAUUCCCAUGGUUACCAGCAUGGUGGUGCCUCCGUGUGA